AGCAGGACGGCAGAAGCGGAGCAGGCAGCAGGAUUCCCCGGAGCCACAAGCAACACGUAACAGAGCGGCCCCAGGUGAAGGAGGGGGGCAGCCGUAGGCUUUCAGUAUACACAGGAAGCUCCAUCAAAAAAAUAAGGAUAUAUAUUAAAAACGCCUGCCGCGCUUCAAAAAACCAAUAACAGCUCAUCCGUGGAACAUGCAGCGAGAUCGGUGCCGGACUCUCUGCUAGAUUCGCAAGAUGCUCAUCCGUCUGCGCUAUGGAAGACGUCUGCAGACCUAUCUGAAGAUAGGUGCCUGUGUCCUGGUGGGCCUGUGCUACUUUGCCUUCCUUUUCCGUGAAUCCCUCAAUGCCUACGAGCACAGGGAACGAGUUACGGCUGCGGAAUUGGAGGCAGAAUCGGAGCCAUCAAAACAGCAGCUCAAACUAAAACGUCAGCAAUUGCAACGCCAGAGGAUUUUGGCCAAGCAACAGGAGCAGGGUAAGGCCUCCACCGGUGGAAAUGUCAGUGCAGGAAGCUCAUCUCCUGUGGCAGCAGUUCCACCUCCUCCAGCUAGUACAUUGAAUCCCGUCUAUGAGUACUCCGAGGAGCUGCACAGCCGCACGGAGCGGGAAUUGCAAAGGAGGAGCGAACAUCUGGCCGCCGUCUGCGAUCGGUAUAAGCUGCAGGAAAAGUACCCACCGAAUCCCUGGGAGUUCUUUGUCUCACCUGGCCACAACAAUCUCGUCUGGUGCAACGUCUUUAAGGCAGCCAGCAGUACGUGGAUGUAUUACUUUAAUAUACUGGCUGGCUACGAUGUGAAGUAUUUGCAGCGAACAGAGACGCAACCAUUGGAGUUGGCCAGAAAGCGUUUUCCUCGCCCGGAACUCGGCGAGCUGAUGGAGCUGCUGCCCAGUGCGCUGUCCUUCCUCUUCGUGCGCGAUCCAUUCGAGCGGAUUCUGAGUGCCUAUCGGAACAAGCUAGAGGGCAACAAGAACACCUUCUACAAGGCCCUGGGUAACAAGAUAGUGCAUCGCUAUCGGAAGCGUAAUCUGGGUGGACCUUGGCCAAGAUGCGGACCCACCUUCGAGGAGUUCGUGCGCUUCUUGAUCGCCGAGCAUGCGGCGGGCAAGAGAUUCGAUGAGCACUGGGCUCCAAUCUAUAGUUUCUGCACUCCCUGCAGCGUUAACUUUACCAUUAUUGGAAAGACGGAGACGUUCCAGAGGGAUUCGGAGUUUAUAAUAAGGCAGGCGGGCCUGGAAUCCCUGCUUCUGGGAUUGGGCAAGCUGCCGCAACGAAAGCAGCGCAAGAUUGGCAACCAAGCGCGUAGUGGGGUUAAAUCGGAGGCCCUGGUGGAGCGAUAUUUCGCCGAUCUCGACCGCUCAACGUUGGACCAAUUGCUCAAGAUAUAUCGCAUCGAUUUCGAGCUGUUUGACUAUGACUAUCUGAGGUACUACGAUAUGGUGCAUCCGUGGAGCAUGGAGCAGACCACAUCGGCAUCGGCAUCCGUUGUUCCAGCAGGUGGAACGACGAGUACCACAGCUUCUUUAGCUUUGGGUGGCCAUUCCACCCAAGGUCAGGCGACAACGUAGGGUCGGUCAACCAGUUCGACAGCGAUGAGUCGUGAAACAAUCUUAUCAAGUACCUUUUUACACGAAAACUUAAACCACAGACAAAACGAACACUCUCACACGAUAAACAAGAACCCAACCGAAGCUAACAAAUCUACCAAAAAAAAGUUUAUGGCCAAAUCAACGUUUUCCAAAAACGCAAAAAAAACUCUUGACCUCUCUUAGAUAAUGCCAAAGAAAAAGAUAAGGAAAUGACCCAAAAUUAGUUAGAAGAUUUAGCAUUUUGAUGGAUUUUUUCAGCCACCAAAAUUCUAACACUUGACCCCCCUUGACAAUUUUACAUGGCGUGGCAUGUGUUGUGUUGUAGUUAGAUUAUAAGUACCUACAAUUUACAGUUGCACUCUCAAACCAAAACAAAAAACAUAUAAUUAAACGAUAUAUAUAUAUAUAUAUAUAUAUAUACAUACCUCUAUACCAAAUAUCGCGAACGCUAUUCUUGAAGGCAAGGCUGGAGAGUUUAUACAACCAGAAAGUGAGAAAUCGUCUUAAAAC